AGGAAGAAAGAGGAGGAGCCAGGGGAUGGUAGAGAACAGGCUUCGGAGGUAGAGACAGAUAGGACUCUUCCUGAGUUGAGCUGUUUGCUGCGUGGGGCUCUUCUCUGCUGUGUCCGCUGCCGAACCAUGGACUAAACCUGCACAGGCACUCACUGCUGCUUUGAAGGAUUUGAGCCACAUUCCAAGAUGAGUGACCAAGAGAGCAGCACCUCGGCCUCUCAAACAGAGGGAGAAUUUGAGGGAGAAAUGGAGGGGGACGAAGAACUAGAGGAAGGACAGAGAGACUCGGCCCCCUGUCUGUCCUCCACCCUCCGCGCUGUCAUACGCAUUAAGCAGAAGUACCAGGCCUUGAAGAGGAGGCGUGAGGAGAUGGCCCUGGGCCUGGGAGGAGCAGGGACCCUCACAGGAGCUCCAGGUCGAACCAGCCCCAAAAUCUUCACCUUUGAUGGAGUCACCCCUUCGUCUGCUGUUCCUCAGAAGAAAAAGAGGAGAAGGAGGAGGCGGGUGAUGUUUCCUAACGGAACGAGGCAAAGAGCCCCCCCAAAGCAGGAGCGCAGCAGAGCCAAAUACUGCCUUUACCUGCUGUUUGCCAUCGUCUUUCUCCAGGUGUACAACGCCAUAGAGAACCUAGAUGACCACGUACUCAGAUAUGACCUGGAGGGGCUGGAGAAGACUCUGAGGAGAGAGGUGUUUGGGCAGCAGGGAGCAGUGGAAGAGAUGCUGUCCCACCUGCAGGACUACCUGUCCACCUACGUCCACAACAAGCCCCUCGUGGUGUCCGUGCACGGCCCCAGCGGAGUGGGCAAGAGCCACAUGGGACGCCUCCUGGCCGGACACUUCCGCUCAGUGGUGGGGGAGUCGCUGGUGCUGCAGUACUACGUCCUCCACCACUGCCCCCAGGAGGCCGACGCCCUGCAGUGCGCCCACAACCUCUCCACUCUCAUCUCGCAGAUGGUGGUACGUGCCGAGGAGGAGGAGAAGAUCCCGCUCUUCAUCUUCGACGAGGCCGAACACAUGCACGAGGAGAUCCUGGACGAGCUGUGGCAGCUUGUGACCUCCAAGAAGUCCAACGAAUACUUGAACGCCAUCUAUCUGUUCCUAAGCAAUCUGGGCCAUGCACACAUCACCAAACAUAUGCUACACAACUCCUCAAGUAGUUCUAUGGCGUUGACAGCAUCCCGUCGCCAUAGUAACCUCGUAAAAGAGCUGACUCCAAUAUUACACAACACUCUGGAGAAGCUUCACCCGCUGUGGACAGAGGUGGACAUCUUACCUCUGGGCCUUUUGGAGAAAGGUCAUGUGAUGGAGUGCUUCCUGGAUGAAAUGACUCGAGAGGGGUUCUACCCAGAUCAUACCAACAUAGAACGCCUCGCAGGGGAGAUUGAAUAUUACCCCUCUGUAGGGGGGCACGAAUAUUCCCAGAUGGGCUGCAAGCAAGUGGUUGCUAAGGUCAACCUGCUGUGAAGUGCUCUGCAGGAAAUGUUUGGAUGCUUCACAUGCUUUAAAUUAUGAAGAAACAGUUCGAGGGAAGUGAGUGAGGUUACGGAACUUGAAUGACACAACUCAGAGUUUUUAAGAGCAGCGAAAAACAAGAGGUUCUGCUGUGGGAAGAAGAACGAAACCUGUGAAGAAGUUUGAAGAGGCCCAGUUCACAAGCAAAACAUGUUUUCUCUCUCAGCUCCGGUCUUAUCUUUUCAUGCAGAUGCUUGUGGCUUUAUUUGCCGAGUAUCUUUUGAGCUGUCUGCCUCCACCCAAAUACAAUGAAAGUAGAUAAAAUGUCAUCUCAUGGCAAAAAUAAUAACGUUAUUUAACAAUGUUGACAGUUAGGUCUAUAUCAUCCAGUGCAAACUCUGCUGAUUUCUGGUGAUGACAGAUGGAUAACAGAAGUUUUGUCGCAUCCUUCCUGUUCCCCUGAGGAUGAAUCCUGCUGAGUUAUUUUAUCCCCUGAAUGUUCUUUGAUGUUCCACCAGCGAGUCGAAUGUAUCACUUAUCUUGUGAAAUAAACUGCUCAGAAAAAUUAAGGUCACACUUAAAUCACACAUCAGAGCUUGAUUAAACGAAUUAUUUUCAAGUUGAAAAUCAUCACUGAUGUACAUUGUAUAAUUUGUUGAGAACAGCCUUCAGUGGAUUCAAAACCACACCAAAAAUCUAAGAAUCUAAGAAACUAUAAUCACAGGCUGAUCCAACUUGCGUGAAUUUCAUCACGACAACUCAUAAUGUGACUCAGUAGUGUGAAUUCACUCCUGACAAUGUCUGGGCAUGCUCCUGAUGGUGCCCUUGGGGAUCUCCGCCCUCAUGGAGUCUGUUUCUGACAGUUUGGUUUCUGACAGAAACAAGCACACCAGUAGCCUGCUGGAGGUCAUUUUGUAAAGCUCCUCCUGUUCCUCCUCGCUCAAAGGAGCAGAUACCGGUGCUGCUGCUGGGUUGAUGCCCUUCUACGGCCCUGUCCAGCUCUCCUUGUGUAAAGGACGGUCUCCUGGUAUCUCCUCCAUGCUCUUGAGACUGCGCUGGGAGACACAGCAAACCUUCUUGUCACCGCACAUAUGGAUGUGUCAUCCUGGAGGAGCUGGACUACCUGUGCAGCCUGAUUGGGCUGCAGGUACAACCUCAUGCUACCAGUAGUGACAAGGACACGAAACUAGAGAAGAAUCAGUCAGGAAGGAUGAGGAGAGAACAGCUGUCUGUGGCCACCACAUAAAACCUUCUUGUGAGCUGUCUUGCUUUUGCCUCCAUUGCACCUGUUGUCACUUUCAUCUGCACCAAAGCAGGAGACAUUGAUUCACAAUCACUUGUAAACUCCUUUUUUUGAGCAGUCAAACCGGUUUGCUUGGUGGGUUGGCAGUAAAUCAAGGGACAAUGACUUGUCGUUAAAAUAAGAGAUCAUCUGACUUUUCAGUUUUCACCACAUCAAACUUUCCCUUUGUGCUACACUUUUUAUAGCCCCUCAGACUCAUAUCUUAUUUAAAUGUCAUUUCCCAGAUGAAAUGCCAUUCACCUGCAUUGUACAGGGGUGGAGGCAGGGAUCUCAAAGACUGAUAGAUGCUACUAGAGGUUACUAAGAAUAUAUGUUUAUUGUGAAUUUGGCUGAAGUGACCCGUUGACCCCUUUGAGACAAAGCAUAUUUCAGAAGAACUGUAUUGGCAGCUCAACCUCACAUGGAUGUGAAUGAGGAACACUUACUUCUGAUCAUUGUACGGUAUCACACAGAAAAUCAGGGGAGGAGUCAGACCUGUGUUCCUUCAUUUAGAAAGGGAAGUUCACUUAUUAGCACUCAUUAUAGGAAGUCUUUUUUUGUCAUACAUUGAAUACAGCGUGACUUUUUAUAAUGCUAGUGCGAGUGUGAAGAUUUAAAAAAUCGACAACGCGGACGCCUGUGGAUUCACAGCAUACAGCGUAAGAACAGUAGAUUCUGUCUGUGACCUGCAGAUGGAAAGUGGUGAGCAGGAGUAGCAGCUAGUGGCUCUUCAUCAGUUUAUAAAGUUUAUUUAUUAAAGAAAGAGGUCUUUGUGUUGAUAUUCUGAAAGUCCACAGGCAAAGAAAUUAAGUCUGUUUUGCCAGACUUGCACUAGAAUUAAUAUACAUUUUGAAUUGAUGGAUAUUUGAAUGUCCUCUGCUCAGAUCAUCUUUCAGUCCAAAUACUUAGAAUGUCAAAUUUUUAUUGUUAAAAUUAAAGGACACUAUUAAAACAUG